AUGAGCAUCGUGCACGAGUCCGCUGGCCCUUUACUUGCUCCUGAAAUGGUGGACAAUCCGUCAUCUCAGUCUUCAACACUAGAAGACGUACCUGCAAUCACUGCCGUCCCCGUCCCGAAACCGAGGACAAUUAAAUCGUCAGCUAAAGUGUCUUUGAAGCCGGUGCCACCUACACGAAAACCUCUCGCCUCAUCGUUUGUGAAUGUUCGAAAUGCUCCGCUCGAUAGGGAUCCUGUCGACGUUAUUGUUGAUGUAAAUAACGGUCUUUGGAGAAAUGUUCGAAUUGAAGAUAUGGAUGUGGCAUUGAUCAACGGCGAUCCUUCAACAGCUCAGAAAACAGUGUCUGAUGAGAAGAAGCAGCGGCAAAAAGAAAAGAAAUCUGGAUAUGAGAAUGAGUGUGAAAACGACUCAAUUAGUGUUCAAAUGGAGGAUAUAACAUCGGAUGAGGCGACACAACCACAUAAAGCAUACGCUUCGAAGAGCUACGAAUCCGACGAAACAGCCUCUAACCUUGGCGAGAAUAUGAUGAUAAAAGGCCCGGAAUGGGUUGUCCCGCAAGAGUACUCCAGCAGCCCAAUCGUAAAAGAAUUGGCUGAAUCUUGCGAGGAGCGUCCUCGUCCUCCAUCACUAUCCAAUUAUGCCGGAACUCUCAAAAUGCCUUCGCCAACGGUAAGGUCGACACCUCGGCAGGAGAAAAAAGCCUCUCUCCUUGAGCAGAUAGUACGCAGCCAUCCAAUAUGGUAUCUGCAGCAUAUCGGGAGACCAACCGCCACACAUCUUUUGAGGCAAAUGGAACCAGGGAAUUUCAUCGUCCGCGCAUCAUCAAAAGCUGGCUGUAUGGCAAUAUCGGUCCGAUUGUCAGAUGAUCAUGAAAUGCACACGGAUCACUAUAUAAUCGAGUAUGGGACAAGAGGAAGCGUUAUUCGACUAGAAAGCAGCCCAUUCUGGUUCCGAUCGUUACCUUUGCUUAUUGAACAUUACUGCUUGCAUUCAGAAGAGUUGCAAGUUCGUCUACGACUCCCUCGUGCAGUAUUGGCUUGUAAAACUACCAAAGAGCUGCAGUCAGUGGCUUUAAUGGGACAAGAUUUCUGGACCAGCGAAACAGCUUUUGUGAGGCCGACCUCACGUGCUCCACAAAUGAACAGCCAGUCUACGUCGUUUAUGAAUCUGGACGACUGUCUACCGAAAACUAGACCAUCAAUGCAGUCACCUCCAUCGUACGCUACGACUAUCACCAAAUCCUCGCAAUCCAAGAAACGACCGUCAUCCGGUAGAGCGGUGGAUUUUUCCGGUUUUUCAACAACACUUGGAAAUACCGAUGUUCACACAGAAACCACUGACACGCAAAGUGAUGUUAGCACCAAUUCGCCGCCGAUGAAACACGAUCGGACGGACGCGACACCUGUUGUUUCUGAUCAUAUUUCACGCUCAGAACGAAGAAGUCAAUCUGUUAGAACUAAAAGCGUAAACCCUCCGUCUACUGGUGGUGCAUCGUCAACUGGACGGAAAUCAUUCCUGAAGUCGUUGUUCUUCGGUGGCGGAUCGAAUUCGUCCCAAAAUCGUCGUGCACCGAUCAACCAACUGGCACAGUGUCAAUAUUUUGUCCCACUUGAGAAAGAGGCAAUACGCAGUUCAAAGUCCGCGUUCGAGAUUGGUUCGCCUUUAAAUAAAUCGCGACCCAACGACUGGCUGAAGAAACACGACAAUGCGAUGAGUACAUUCAAGCCAUCCUAUGAAGAAGUGGUGCUAUCAGCCCGAGUUUGCCCGCUGCCAAUGCGGAGGGAACGCAGUGACCUUUGUCCAUCGUCAGUUAUGCGAUUGGCAAAACAUACAGAACGUAGUCCAGGACCCACCUGUGCAAUGAGCAUUGGUCUGAGAUCCAAUCAUGAGCCGACAAAACGUCAGCCAUUAAGACCGCCAGAUACGGCUCGAGAUCCAACAGUAAUCAGUAACUGUAUUGAUGAACUAAGAAGAAGAAGACUGCAGUCAACUACAGAUAUGUUGAAUCCUGGAGCGGAGAAACCAAGAAGCCCAUCUGCCAGCCCACAGGUGUCGAUGAGACAACGCAAUAAUUUUGGGGGGAAUGGACGAGAAGUGCUAGAUUCGGUUAGUGCCAAAAUUCAUGUUCCACGGCGUGACCAUCGAAUGUCUGUCCCGAACUUGUCACCAGAACCGUCAAGUGCGGUCGUGCAGUCAGCGAAAGCUCUUAGAGAAAAAUUGGGUCGGAAUGGAGACGGCGAACUUUCGACAAUAAACGAAGGUUUGAUAACUCCGGUUAUACGUCGAAAACAAUUCAAUCAACAGACAGCAAUGACAUGCAACGUCAACGGCGCUCCAUCAGAAAGAAACAGCCAGAAUUCUGGUCACUUGAAAAAUGUCAACAACGGAAACACAAGAAAUGGCCCAACUUCAUUAGUUACGCGUGGACGAGAAGCACUAGAGGCGUUAUUUGUUCAACAGCAACAGAAAAGUUCAGAGCUGAGCAACGGAGGGCUUGGAAGACGGUUCAACAGUGAACGUGUACGUAGUGGACGUGAAAGCGAACUUGCUUGGCGACGUGCAAAUCAUAACAGCCCGGAGAAGAAACCUGGAGUUGUGGCGGAAGCAGCGUCGAAGCGUGGUUCGUGCUUCUUCUCGAAUCAGCCGAGCUCAAGCUGGUCGGCUAUCAAUUCGGAGCUCAAGAAUAAGCAAAAAAUUGCCAAGGUCCGUCCAACACUCCAAACUCGAGUGGCCACGUCUAAAAUGACAGCCGAUGUAGUUAAUGGAGGAAUCUCAAAAAACUCCGAAUAUGCUCAAUUGAGCGAUUUUAGCAGUCUGGAAGUGCCGAAGCCAGAUUUCAAACGAGACGAGGAUAAUGUGAGUGUCGCUGGAACGAUUUUCAACGAACCGUGGGAUUCGAAUGUUUGGGAGAAUCUGCUCGAUUUGGCUAGUCAUGGUGAUGAAGGCUUAUCACCAAGCGCUCGUCAACUCGCAGAAACAAUUCAUGAGGAAGAUUCUGAUUCGGAUCGUACUCCUGGUGGAUCAACACAAAUGCAUGAAUCUGAUGAUGAACUGGACGAAGAGAUGUGGGCAUCAAUGACAGCAUCAGCGCGGAGAACUUUGCCGUCAGAUAGAGUUACGUGCAAAGCGUGGGAGAAUGACGAUACUGUCAGCAACUACGGUACUCUUGACAGCCUUGUCGAUCACUCUUUUUCUGGAACUCUACGAAAGACGGAACGUCGAGCGCAAACUCCACCUCAUUCAAUGCAUUCGCUUCCACGAGCAAUCUCACGAUUUUCGCAACAAGUUGGUUCUUUGGAUGAUCUUCCACUCUCUCUACCUGCUCUUUCACCAAAUCUGAACGCUGAGCGGAAGUCGAGCCAAGCAGAAUCCAGCACAGCGUUGCAAUCCUACGUGGAAAGACUUGCCGAAGAUGAAAGCACCGUAUUUGGUGCGACCUUGAAACGAUUUAUUGAAUGUACCGUACAAAGUGAGGAGGCAGAUCCUAGUGUGGUUGUACGAAAUGUGAGACAAUUCAUCAACGGCAUCAAGAAUUACCUAGUGAAACAUGGAGAAGGUGAUCUGCACGCGCUGAUCGAUCAGGAGAGUGCACACCUGAACGCGAAUCAGAUCCUCAACAUUGAUGCUAUUCUGGAAGCUGUGCUACAUAAGUUGCUCUUAAAGCGAGUUAAACCUCAUCUUUACCAUGUGAUGGUAAAGGAGAAUUCGAGAGUCGGUGGCUUACAAGCUUUGUCAGCCAAUAUUAGCUAUGUUAGAACAUUGUCUCUGAGUGAUUUGGGCUUCUCAAAUGCUGACCAGAUGGUCAACCCAUCUCCUUCCAUAAUGGAACAAAUCAAGAUCUGCCUUCGGAAGAUGCAACAUCACUAUUCUCCUUUGAAGAAACUUGAAAAUCUACUCAGAGCCAUCAACAUUGUGAUGUCAGCGCAAUCGAAUGGCGAUGAUAAACCGUCAUCCCAGAAAACAAUGGCAGCUGAUGAUCUAGUUCGAUGGCUUGUGUACAUUUUGGCUCGAACAUCGACUGUCGGCUGUGAAGUAGAGGCUUGGUACAUGUGGGAACUGCUACCACAACAGAUGAUUACGAAGGGUGAUGCAGCAUAUUACCUGACAGCGUUGUUCUCAGCUAUACAUAUUCUGAAGAGCAUUGAUGCAAUCAAGAAACUCGCCGAGAAGGACGAAGAUAUGAUGAAUAGCGUGGACCUCUCCCGGCAAAUGUGUUCUCCAACAUCUUCCUCUGCAUCGGAUGCAUUUGUGAGGGUGGCUAUACCAGAUGAGAUUGCUGGCUGUAUAAGAUACGCAACGUUCCCCGGUGUGCCACAGAUGACUACGGGAAAAUUAUGCCGAGUAAUUGCUCAUCAGCAAGGCAUCACAAAUCCUGAAGAUCAUGGCUUGUAUUUGAUUGUGAACGGUUUCGAGUCGUGCUUGCUGCCACAUGAGUGCCCGGACGCAAUCCGUGAUAACCUUCGAAGUACCGGAAAACCGCAUCUGUUCGCCUACAAACGCCAUGACGCAAAGAUCGGUUGGCCGCGUCAGGUGAUGUCGACGCCGGGUUAG